AUGCGCCCGCUCUGCGCCUGGCCCACCCUGUGGUCAGCAACUGGGGUGGACCCGGUAACACCACCCUCAUUCAGGAGCCGAACAGUCUGCUAUCACCACAGGAAGGGGGAGAAGCUUGUGGCAAAGGCAAGGAAGCGGAGAGUCUGCGUGGAGCCACGUCCCCAGCAGAGGGCGCGGGAGAGCCUCCCUGCGCCCGCGGAACACGCGCCUGCCCGGCCGCCUCAGGCAGCAGUCUGCUAUCACCACAGGAAGGGGGAGAAGCUUGUGGCAAAGGCAAGGAAGCGGAGAGUCUGCGUGGAGCCACGUCCCCAGCAGAGGGCGCGGGAGAGCCUCCCUGCGCCCGCGGAACACGCGCCUGCCCGGCCGCCUCAGGCAGCAGUCUGCUAUCACCACAGGAAGGGGGAGAAGCUUGUGGCAAAGGCAAGGAAGCGGAGAGUCUGCGUGGAGCCACGUCCCCAGCAGAGGGCGCGGGAGAGCCUCCCUGCGCCCGCGGAACACGCGCCUGCCCGGCCGCCUCAGGCAGGUAAAGCCAAGGCCUCCGCCGGCCCCCGCCUUUCCAAGAAACACUCUUCCGACUUCCUCUGCACCGCAAAGGACCAAGUGGAGGAAAUGUCGGAGAGCACUGAGGAUCAGAGAUGCGCCCGCUCUGCGCCUGGCCCACCCUGUGGUCAGCAACUGGGUGGACCCGGCAACACCACCCUCAUUCAGGAGCCGAAGUGGGUCUGGGUCCUUCUGGAGCCGAUGCCCCUGGAGCCGAUGCCCAUGCCGCCCAUGCCCCCCAUGCUGGCCUUCCUGCCCAUGCCACCGUUACCCCCUCUGUUUCUGCCUCUGCCCUGGAUUCUACCACCCUCCAUUCACUCCGGCUGCCCUCACGUGGCCUUGCCUGGUCCCCUAUCACCGGUGGCCUUUCUGUAG